CAGGUUUUGCUGGAACCGUCCAAGUCCUACCCUCGGUCCUGCCCAGUCCACCAAAGCAAAGCAGGCGGGUAGGCGAUCCAAGGCCAAGCCUCCGUUUUUGUUGGUCAACCAGACCUCCUCCACUUUGAAAAAUGACAGAUGGAGGCCUGGCGCCGAAGUUUAGGAAUCCAAUGAUCGAAUCAUCGAACUGUUAGCGCUUGGCAUAUUAGCCGUCCGAAUCAAGUCGGACAUUAUUCUUCUCUCAGUUCAGUCUUAUUUUUAUUUUAUUUCCCUAUUUUUCAAAUUUUGGACAAACCCAACCCCGGUUUAUUAGUUUGAUCAAAUAAAAUCGUCACUGUUCGCUCUCCAUUUGGCUAUUCUACGAGUGUCUAAAUCCCUCUCUUUCCCCUCCUUCCGUCUUCUCGUUUAUUUGAAAAUUCUACCAAAUUUUUUUGUUUUGACUAUUACCAAUUAGAAUCGUCAAAAGUUUUUCUGCAAUGAAGAGAUAUAGGAACGGGGAAAUCUGGGACUUCGAGCACGAGGUGGCGGUGGCGAGUAACAGGCAGGUGAUUUUAGGAUUGGACGGCGGAACCACUUCCACUGUCUGCAUUUGUAUGCCCAUUAUGCCUCUCUCCGACACCCUUCCCGACCCUCUUCCCGUUCUCGCCCGUGCCGUCGCCGGCUGCUCCAAUCAUAACAGUGUCGGCGAAACUGCUGCCAGAGAAACAUUGGAGCAAGUUAUGGCGGAUGCACUUUCAAAGUCUGGUUCAAAUCGAUCUGCAGUUCGAGCUGUUUGUUUAGCUGUAUCUGGUGUUAACCAUCCUACAGACCAGCAAAGAAUAUUGACCUGGCUUAGAGACAUAUUUCCCAGCCAUGUAAAGCUAUAUGUACGAAAUGAUGCUGUGGCAGCUUUGGCUAGUGGGACAAUGGGUAAGCUCCAUGGUUGUGUACUAAUUGCUGGUACAGGAACCAUUGCAUAUGGAUUCACAGAAGAUGGCAGAGAAGCUCGAGCGGCUGGCGCAGGACCUGUCCUAGGUGAUUGGGGAAGUGGAUAUGGAAUAGCCGCACUGGCACUAACUGCUGUAAUUAGGGCUCAUGAUGGUCGUGGUCCACAUACCAUGCUUGAAUCUACCAUUUUGCAGACACUUGGUCUUUCUUCUGCAGAUGAACUAAUUGGGUGGACCUAUGCAGAUCCAUCAUGGGCUCGCAUUGCAGCACUUGUUCCAGUUGUUGUCUCUUGUGCAGAGGCUGGUGAUGAAGUUGCGAAUAAGAUCUUGAAAGAGGCAGUUCAAGAGUUGGCUUUAAGUGUAAAAGCUGUUGUUCAAAGACUUGGCUUGUGUGGUGAAGAUGAAAAAAAUUCCUUUCCUCUUGUUAUGGUUGGUGGUGUUCUUGAAGCAAACCAGAGGUGGGACAUAGGAAGAGAAGUCAUGGACUUUAUCUCCAAGGACUACCCCGGGGCCCUUCCAAUUAGGCCAAAGGUGGAGCCUGCGGUUGGAGCAGCAUUGCUAGCUUGGAACGAACUCAUGAAAGAAUGUCUUCAGGAAGCGUAUCGAAGCUGAUCGUUCAUAAAUCAUGAUUCAGAAUUCAAUUGUACAGCACAAGGAUAAACUAAAAGGGAAAUAAGCAGCUUGAAAUGAAAACUAUAAGGCGGUAUAGUAUUAGGCAUUGUACGAGUCCAGUAUCUGUGAGUCUAUGUCUUACGGUAGAUUUCGUUGUCGAUUUCAGAAUUCUGAUAGCUCCGUGUAACAGCUGUUGCAUGUCAAGGUGUAAACAAUUUAAAUAGAAAAUUAUGGAGCAGUGGCAUUCCUGUACUGCAAUGGCUAUUAUACAGCCAAUGAUUUAUCUUCUUAGGUAUUUCUUUUA